AGAGAAAAUAGCAAAUCAAUGCCGCCCUUUCUCCCAAGCAUGUUUCCCUUCUAGUAAAGGAGGCUCCACCUCUGCUAGGGAUUGAUUCGCCCAGCAAUUUUUAGGAUAAUUUAUGGAGCAACCUGAUGAGCCUAUUGGGCGAGUUGCUCGGUCCUUGUAGAGUGGCUUCCUACCUGUUUGGGUGCUUGAUUUUUUAUUUAAUUUCCCCCUUCCCCUCCCUCUGCCUGCCGUGUGCCGGUGGGGGGGGGAGAACGGUGGGAUUGGCAGGGUCGCUAUUCCCCAGCCUCUCCGGAGAAAACUCGGGGACGGGAGAGCGCCUUCCCGCUCAUGGAUGCGUGGGGGAGCCCUGCUCCCCGCUGGAGCCGCCGCCGCGGGGCCCGGCUGCUGCUGCUGCUGCUGACCGUGCGGCUGGGGAGCGGAGCUGAUAAAGCAGAUGAUGAAGAUGAUGAAGAUCUAACAGUGAAUAAAACAUGGGUACUUGCACCAAAGAUUCACGGAGGGGAUGUAACUCACAUACUGGACUCUUUACUUCAAGGAUAUGACAAUAAGCUUCGGCCAGAUAUUGGGGUGAGAACGACAGUGAUUGAAACAGAUGUCUAUGUUAACAGCAUUGGCCCAGUUGACCCAAUUAAUAUGGAAUACACUAUAGACAUAAUUUUUGCCCAAACUUGGUAUGACAGUCGUCUAAAAUUUAACAGCUCAAUGAAGGUGCUUAUGCUUAAUAGCAAUAUGGUUGGAAAAAUUUGGAUUCCAGACACUUUCUUCCGAAACUCAAGGAAAUCUGAUGCUCACUGGAUUACGACUCCAAAUCGUUUGCUUCGAAUCUGGAGUGAUGGAAGAGUAUUAUACACUCUGAGGCUGACAAUUAAUGCUGAAUGUUAUCUUCAGCUUCAUAAUUUUCCUAUGGAUGAACACUCCUGUCCACUGGAGUUUUCAAGCUAUGGAUAUCCCAGAAAUGAAAUUGAAUACAAAUGGAAGAAAACCUCUGUUGAAGUGGCGGAUCCAAAAUACUGGAGAUUGUAUCAGUUUGCAUUUGUAGGGUUACGAAAUACAACUGAAAUUUCUCAUACCUUGUCUGGUGAUUAUAUUAUUAUGACAAUCUUCUUUGAUCUCAGCAGACGAAUGGGGUAUUUUACUAUUCAGACGUACAUUCCUUGCAUACUCACAGUUGUUCUUUCAUGGGUCUCAUUUUGGAUCAAUAAGGAUGCAGUUCCUGCAAGAACUUCUCUCGGCAUUACAACAGUGCUGACCAUGACAACACUGAGUACAAUUGCAAGGAAGUCACUCCCGAAGGUUUCCUAUGUGACAGCAAUGGACCUUUUUGUUUCAGUUUGCUUCAUUUUUGUGUUUGCUGCCUUGAUGGAAUAUGGCACAUUGCAUUACUUCACCAGCAACAGAAAAGGAGACAAAGGAAAAGAAAGGAAGACAAAGUCUAAGCCAUCAAAAGCACCUGCAAUUGCUGUUCGACCUGGAUCGACACUUAUUCCAAUUAAUAACAUUAAUCAUCUCCCUGAACAUGAUGAUGAUUAUGGAUAUGAGUGCCUAGAAGGGAAAGACUGUGCUAGCUUCUUUUGUUGUUUUGAAGACUGCCGCACAGGAUCUUGGAGAGAAGGAAGAAUACACAUCCGCAUUGCAAAAAUUGACUCCUAUUCUCGAAUAUUCUUUCCAACUGCCUUUGCAUUGUUCAAUCUCGUUUACUGGAUUGGCUAUCUUUAUCUAUAAGUUUCAGAGGUUUGACAAACUCAGAAAAAAAUUGUGAUUUGAACAGUCAGUAACACUUUAAAGUGAGCAGUCAGAGAUUAGAGCUUGUCCAAAAUGACUCACAUUGUUUGGAUACUUAAAAUAUUUGAAACAAUGAGAGGACAUAUGGUGAUGUGGUCUCCCUCUUGUGAUCAACUAUAGAACUGAUAUUGGUAUUUUGAAGAGAAAAUAUAAAUAUCCCUGAAAUUUAGCUUGCCUGAACAUGUACAUAUUUUGUCCAGCUCUAACAAAAUGCAGAGUCAAGAGGCUAUGUUAUUUAACUGGACAGCUCUACAUAAGCUUUCAGUUUUCAUUCUAAGUGAUAAUACAGAUGAAUUUUGUAGCAUCUCUUACACCUUUACAAAGAAAGCCUUAACAAAAUGGGAUUAAUUAUUCUCAUCCAUUUCAUCCAUAAGGUGAUGAUUUUAUUAAUCCUUGAUUUAAAAAGUUGAAAUGGAACAUUUCCAUUUUUUCAACUAGCCAUUUGUUCUCUGCAGUAUGUUAAAAAGAGUGAUUAAGUCAUAAUUAAUCACAGUCAUAUUUAUACAGAACACAAAGAUUAGAGCCGCGAGAAAUGGAUAUAUCACUAAAACCCCAAAGGUAAUUCUGAGCUUGUCUUAUCCUGACUAUUGAUGUAGGCUUUUGGCUUUCAACCUUAGAUUAGAUGUAUGUCUGUGCUCCAUCUGCCGUUACUUUUCUGUUGUGAUUACCCCAAGGUUUUCAAAACUUUCAAAACUUUCAAAAGUUCCUAAAAAGCUGCCAUUGUUUGCUCAUUUCAUGGAAACUGGAAUAAUGUUGACUGAGAUUCCGGCCAUUGAGUAUAAUGCUGUUCACGUUCUCCUCAUUCCCUUCUUUGUCUGAUUCAUACUCAGGGCCAGAGAAAAAGUCAUAACUCUACAUGUGGUAGAAUUUGAAUCAUCAGAGUUUGGAAAACCUGUAUCACUGCUGUGGUUGCACAACAGUAUUCAAAGCCACUAUGUUAAGUCUCUAGCCCUAGGAGUGUAGUGUGUGACCUGCUUCUCUUUGCAUACAGUAUGAAUCUGUGGAUUCUGCUUGUUACUGCAUACGCUGCUCCAAAGCCAAAGCCAAACAGUAUGAAUUAACUGAGUCCGUGUUAUAGAUUGCCAUGUAAUUAUCUCCUUGAUAGUUGUUUGUUUCUAAUGGAAAAGCUCUGUUGGGGGUGGGGGCAGUUAAAUAAUCCUUAUGCAUUGCUGACCCUUCUCUAAGAUGGGACUUCUUCCCACCUAAAAUUCUAGGACCAGUUCUCCAGCAUUUCUGUGGUCAGAGCUUCUGUUCACUUUGGUAGCAGUCCUUCAGUAGCAGCUUUUCUGGACUGACUUCUCUGUGUUGACUGCUGCUGGCUGACAGCAUUUAGUAUCUCAUUUCUAUUUUUAAAUACAUUGUAUUUAUCGUGCAAAAGUGCUGUCUUUCCUCCCUUCUCAAAAAUAAACUGGUCUCAAGUGAGCUUGCAAAAAAUCACUGUAAAAUUAAGAUAUGCAUUAAGUAAAAGAAUUACACAGAAGACCUUACAGAUCUUUAAAGAGGAUUAAUGGGAUUAACAUUUGGCUGUAGGUAAGGAUGUUCAGUACUGGAAAUACAGACAUGAUUAAUGGCUAAUAAUAGAAACCGAUACACUACCCCCCAAUAUUUCCUUUAGAUGUGCUCCAUCUGAAUUUCUCAGAAAAGAUUAGUGUAUAUUUAUAUAAUAGUUGGUACCAAACAUAGUAAGAUAUGAUAUGCAAUACACAUUUCAGAUGAAAUGUUACUGCAGUGUUCAGUCCCAAAGUAAUACAGAGUGCAAGAGUAUAUGUGUAGUGAUUCUGGAAGAAAGUAUGGCAGAGAA